AUGUUCCCGAAUUGGUUUCAACGACGCAGACGUCGUCACGAAAUCUCACCCGACUCACCAAAAUGGCCGAGACAUUUCUCAUGUUCAUCAUUCAAAGACAUCCAAAACCUCCUUCACGACGAUGACCCCUUAUCUGAAUCCUACUCUCCCCGGCGUCAAGUCAUUCACCAGCCUCGGAGCCCCGCUAGGAUUCACGGACCUAUCUCAAAUGAAAGUUUCUCCGUCGUGGAUAUCCCCAACGCUGAUCACCACCGAGGCGUCGUUAUCUACUACACUAGCCUUGGAAUCAUACGUAAGACGUUCGAUGAGUGUAGAUAUGUGAGGUCCAUCCUCCAUGCAUUCCGAAUCAAUAUCGACGAGCGAGAUUUAUUGAUGGAUUCAACAUUUCACGAUGAGUUACAAACGAUGUUCGGAACAAAGAAAGUGACGUUGCCUAAGGUUUUUAUCGGUGGAAGAUACAUCGGCGGGUCGGAAGAGAUUAAGCAGUUGCAUGAGAACGACAAGCUGAGGAAACUGAUCGCUGCGUUAACACCGUCAGGUGAUGAAAGGUUCGCUGAGUCACAAAAUCUUCUCGGAGAGAUCUGGAUUCACAAGCUGUAA